GGGCCUGGGAAUGUGCAUCGCUUCUCUCCUUUAAUUCCUGUGUUUGAAUCAUAUCGUAGCUGAGCAGGGACUGGCUUGUGCUGAUAAAGUGAAGAGACGAGCUGUUCUAACAGAUGAAGGGGCAGAUACUGUGCAGUGCUCUCCAGAACCUUUGAAUAGCAGCCUAGGAGGCCCAGAUUACAAUAUCAGUUGUGAGGUGAAAAAUUAAAGCUUGCAUAACUUCACAAGAAACCGUUAAGAUGGCCUGCAUUACAGUGACUGAUGUAGAAUCCGGAAUGGCCCCAGUUCAGAAUGGGGAUGUUCACCACAGCCUGCCCCCCCAAAACAGACUGGAGCAGGCCUGCAAGUACUCCUUUAUCGCUCCCUGGGAAAGCCAGAGGGCGACCACUUGACCUUUCAGCCCGGGGACUAUGUUUCAGAAGAGAUCUGCACAAUAGCUGCCAAAAUUUGCGGUAUCUCACCAGUAUACCAUAACCUAUAUGCGCUGAUGGACGAGAAUGGCAGAUUUUGGUAUCCUCCAAACCAUGUCUUCCAUAUUGAUGAAUCGGAAAGUGAAUCAGUCGUCUAUCGGUUGAGGUUCUAUUUUCCGCACUGGUAUAGUCCUGGAUGUAAUCGAGCUUAUCGCUAUGGUGUUAGCAAGGGCAUGGAGAGCCCUUUUAUAGAUGAUACCAUAAUGACCUACCUUUUUGCUCAGUGGCGAGAUGACUUUGUAAAUGGAUGGAUAAAAAUACCAGUUACGCACGAAACGCAAGAAGAAUCUCUGGGCAUGGCAGUACUUGAUAUGAUGAGAAUGGCAAAGGAAAAAGAACUGUCACCCCUGGACAUCUAUCACUCAAAUAGUUACAAAUCCUUGUUACCAAAAAACAUCCGUGUAGAGAUCCAGAACUACCACUUUGUGACCAGGAAGCGAAUCCGGUACAGGUUUUACCGGUUCAUUCGACAGUUCAGCCAGUGCAAUGCCAGUGCCCGAGACCUGAAGCUGAAGUAUCUGAUUAACAUGGAAACUCUUCAGCCUUCCUUUUUCUCUGAGUAUUUUGAAGUGAGGGAACUGAUGAGAGGACCCUCGGGAGAAAAUAUCUUUGUGACCAUAAUUGUAACUGGAAACGGCGGUAUCCAUUGGAUGAAAGGGAAACGUAAAGACAACGAGUAUGGCUCUGAUCAGGAUCUACAACCAUAUUGUGAUUUCCCUGAUAUCAUCAAUGUCAGCAUCAAGCAAGCAAACAAGGAUAGCUCGACAGAAGGCAGAAUUGUCACCAUCAACAGACAGCACAGCAGCAUCUUGGAAGUGGAGUUUCCAUCCCUGAAAGAGGCUCUUUCGUUCGUGUCGUUAAUUGAUGGCUACUACAGGCUAACUGCAGAUGCUCAUCACUAUCUCUGCAAAGAGGUUGCACCUCCCAGAUUGCUGGAAAACAUUCAAAGCAAAUGUCAUGGGCCAGUCUCGAUGGACUUUGCUGUGAAUAAACUUAAGAAAGCAGGGCAUCAGAAAGGCCUUUACAUUCUUCGAUGCAGUCCUAAAGACUUCAACAAGUAUUUUCUCACCAUUGCUAUAGAGAAGGAUGGUGUGACUGAAUGCCGACACUGCUUGAUUACAAAGAAUGAAAACAAUGAGUACAAUCUGAUUGGAACCAAGAAGAGCUUCUCCAGUCUGAAAGAGCUGCUGAAUUGUUACCAGAAGGAAACCGUUCGUUCAGAAGGCGUCAUCUUUCAGUUUACCAAAUGCUGCCCACCAAAACCCAAAGAUAAAUCUAAUCUUUUGGUCUUGAGAAGCAAUGGCAGGUCUGAUUUGCCAACAUCGCCCACUUUGCAGAGACACAAUGUCAGCCAAAUGGUAUUCCACAAGAUCAAGAAAGAGGAUUUAGUAUUUGGGGAAAGCCUUGGCCAGGGAACAUUUACAAAAAUUUGCAAAGGCGUCAGGGAAGAAUUAGGAGAUUAUGGACAGAUACACAAGACUGAUGUUCUCCUCAAGGUCUUAGACAAGGCUCACAGAAAUUACUCUGAGUCCUUUUUUGAAGCUGCAAGCAUGAUGAGUCAACUCUCCUACAAGCACUUAGUUUUGAACUAUGGAGUUUGUGUAUGUGGUGAAGAGAAUAUCAUGGUUCAGGAAUACGUGAAGUUUGGAUCACUGGACACCUACCUGAAGAAAAACAAAAACAAUAUCAAUAUCCUGUGGAAGCUUGAGGUGGCCAAACAAUUAGCCUGGGCCAUGCAUUUCUUAGAAGACCGGAAUCUUGUUCACGGAAACGUCUGUGCCAAGAAUGUCCUAAUGAUCAGAGAAGAGGACCGGAACACCGGAAACCCUCCGUUCAUAAAACUCACUGAUCCUGGAGUUGGUAUCACAGUUUUGCCAAAAGAUGUUCUCAUUGAAAGGAUUCCCUGGGUACCACCAGAAUGUAUUGAGGAUUCCAAGAAUAUCAGCCUUGCAACAGACAAGUGGAGUUUUGGCACCACACUGUGGGAGAUCUGCAGCGGAGGAGAUAAACCACUUAGCGCACUUGAUACCACACGGAAACUGCAGUUUUAUGAGGAUAGGCACCAGCUCCCUGCUCCAAAGUGGACAGAACUCGCUAACCUUAUAAAUAACUGUAUGGAUUAUGAACCAGACUUCAGACCUUCAUUUCGUGCAAUAAUACGAGACCUCAACAGCCUAUUCACUCCAGAUUAUGAGUUGUUGGCUGAAAUUGAUCUGUUGCCAAAUGUGAGAGGUGCUGGGAAUGGCUUCUUUGGUGCUUGUGUAAGCCAUGAUCCUGCACAGUUUGAAGAAAGGCAUCUCAUAUUUUUGCAGCAGUUGGGCAAGGGUAACUUUGGCAGUGUUGAGCUGUGUCGAUACGACCCACUUCAGGACAACACUGGUGAUGUGGUAGCUGUGAAGAAGCUGCAGCAGAGCACUGCAGAGCACAUACGGGACUUUGAAAGAGAAACGGAAAUCCUCAAAUCUCUUCAGCAUGAUAAUAUUGUCAAAUACAAAGGAGUAUGUUACAGUGCUGGGCGGAGAAACCUGAAGUUGAUCAUGGAGUAUCUACCUCACGGAAGCUUACGAGACUAUUUACAGAAAAACAAAGAUCGGAUUGAUCGCAGGAAACUGUUGUCUUAUGCUUCUCAGAUAUGCAAGGGAAUGGAAUAUCUUGGAACAAAGCGAUACAUACACCGAGACCUGGCAACACGGAACAUUCUCGUGGAGAAUGAGAACCGAGUGAAAAUUGGUGACUUUGGUUUGACCAAAGUCUUGCCACAAGACAAAGAGUAUUACAAAGUCAAAGAACCAGGAGAGAGUCCAAUUUUUUGGUAUGCGCUGGAGUCUUUGAUGGAGAACAAGUUCUCAGUGGCCUCAGACGUGUGGAGUUUCGGAGUGGUCUUGUACGAACUCUUCACAUGCAGCGAGAAGACCAAAAGUCCACCUUCAGAGUUUAUGCGUAUGAUCGGCAAUGACAAGCAAGGGCAGAUGAUCGUCUUCCAUUUGAUUGAGCUUCUUAAGGAUGGUAGAAGGCUGCCAAGACCCGAUGGAUGUCCUGACACGAUUCAUUCCACAAUGAUGAAUUGCUGGCACAAUGGACCAACUCAACGUCCAAACUUCAAGGACCUUGGUCAAAAAAUGGACUCCAUGAGGGAUAACGUGGGAGGAUGAAUGUGUGGGAAUUUCAACCAAGUGCCCUUGUCCAUGUAAAAUUGCUGCUUUCCAAUGUGAAGCUGACACAACAUCAGCUCCUGGACACUAAUCCAAAUUGAGGGGACACCCAUCAUGUUGAACCAUGGUCAUUUUGGAUGUUUUUUUACCAGAUGAAGAUAGUUCUACAAUGGAGCGGUGGUCAACCAGGAUAAACUGUUGUUACGUAUUCUAAGUCAUAGUUUCAGCAAUAGCAAUCCAAAGGCUUUGUAGCUGUGCCAUUUUUGCCCACGUCAAGGUCGGUUACAAAGGACUGUGUUGUUGCAGGUGUUUAUAGUGGUAGUUGGUGUGCCUAAGUGAGGUAACGCUUCAUACAAAAUAUAGUCUUAUGUCAAAUCAAUACUGGGAACUUUUCUUUGUAAUGAAUACGAAAUGGCCUUCAGUUCUGAAUGUACAAUAUUGUAUCAUCUGUCCAAUGUAUAAUUGCACAACUGGUUCAAGAACGUUACAAGAAUUUUUAAAGAAAAGUAAUUCUGUCAUCUUUGUAACAAAAAUCUGCUUUAACAGGUAAUUCCUUUAUAGAGUUAAUUCUCUAUGCUGCAUAGCAAAGUUUGUUUGCAUCCAUCAUGUAUUAGAAUGUAAAACAAAAAUAGUAGGAAUGUAGAUGGGUAACCGUGCUGUGGGCUAAUAUUAACUUUACUGUAUUAAAAGGCUAACUAAUUAGGAGAAGGAGCUCUUUGUUAAGUGCUCUAAUGUGAAUACAGUGAUAUCCGUUUUUAGCAGUGACAGAAAA